AUGCAUGAGAUGAAAGGGUCCUCUCCCACUCUCCCACCUAUGUCGGUGCUCACAAAUGCAGCGAUUGAAAAUGCCACAUUAAAAAUUGCAGAUUGGCUUUCUGAAUAUACGCAUCAUUUUCAUCAUUCGCAUCACAGCCAAUUGCCUGUACAACCGGCAUUGAAGGUUGUUUUCCCCAAAAAGCCGGCCACCCCUAUUUUGACAAGUAGCGCUGAGUGUUUUACCGUUAUAACGUCUCGCAAGACGCACGGAAGCUCCGCGUCUCGUAUGAACUCUUCCGGAUACAAGGCGGGCGGGAAGGCAGGAAUAACGUCGCCCGUACCCACCGGGUCGUCAUCUUCAAAUUGGAAAGAGCUCAAUAAGCAUUUGUCUUCGGCCGGAUAUGGGGCGAGUGGCGGAUUUGAUGGGCAUCACUCAGCCAUGUCAAUGGUGACGCUUAACCCGUCCACAAACUGGAGCCUCAUUUGCGAAAUCGACCUUUCCCCGCUUGUAAAGCUUCUGCCCUCCAGCGUGUACACAGCAACGGCCGCAGCCACCACCACCUUACUGGGGGGCGACUCGCUAAAGGGCCUCGGAGAAACUCUGCAGGAAGAUGGAAAUGUGCGUUCCUUUGACAAAUCAUAUAACAAACUAUCGAGCAAGACAUCAAAGUCAUUACAAAUUCCCGCUCAGCGCCGUUCAAAUCUUUUUGAUGAUCCCCCGAAAAUUCCAAAAAUUCAUUCACUGAGCACGACAUCUCUUGACCCCAUGUCUGACUCGGACACCGGGCAUGUUUUUGCAACCGAUGCCAUUCUUGCACUGCUCAUGAUUUCACCUCGCUCUUUUUAUCCUUGGGAUCUUGUUGCACGAGUGGAUAGCCGUGGUCGGAUCAUUUUCGACGCCCGAAAUCCAGCCGUUCUGGCCAGUAGUCUUUAUUCGGUCAACGAAACAAGCUCGGAUGCCACUCUUCAUCCUGAGGAGCGGAGGGUCAGAUUUGAAGAGGCGUUUCUGAUUAAUGAGUCCUUUAGAGAUCAGGUUCUGAAGAAGGAGGCACACCCGAUCGCAUCCCCAGGAGCGAUGGACGAGGACAUGUCCGACAAUUCAACCGAUCUUGGUGCGGUUAGGUAUCGCCGAUUUCCACUCGGAGAUAAUCUGUUCCUCGUUUGCAGAUCAACGGUCGAUGGUGUGGUGAAGAUCCAAGAUUCUGAGGCGACCGUCUCGCUCUUUGCUUUGAACGAAUACUAUCCUUUGUCUGGAAACACAUCCGGGUCUGGAAGCGGCUCAUCAUCGGGCGGCUUGUUUUCUCGUCUGGACUCACAAAAGGGGGCCGUUCUUGGGCAUGAGAUGAAAAAUAACGGCUCCAAGCUGGCCAAGUGGGCUCUUCAAGCGCUGCUUGCCGACACCGACUAUAUCAAGGUUGGAUUUAUUACUCGCACGCCUGGCAAGGACAAGAACCGCUAUGAUAUUGUCGGUAUUUCGCAAUGGAAUCCAGAAGAUUUUGCCACACACACGGCAAAUGUUACCCUGGCUGGCGGGCUUGCCGUUUUAAAAGCCAUUGUUGAUAGACUCCGUGUACUUCCUGCCGGGUCAUAUGUACUUCACAAGGAGCACAUUAACAAGCAUAUUGUGCGUAUUUAUGAACUGCCCAUUUAA